AUCUUUGAUUUGAAGUUGGUUUCUCCUAGUUUUAUUUAAAUCAAGAUCCUGAUUUCAAUUGGUUACGAAGCAAUGGCAUUCUCGGCGUAAUUUGAUUGUUAAAUGACUCUCAAGCAUUCGAUGUCGCUCAUUGGGAAAAACUGUGCCGCAACUUCUCGAUUAACAGCAACAAUAUCAGCACGCCUGCAAGGUUUUCGAUCAAAUGCCGCACUGGAAUCACUAACGAGAGCUGGCGAAGAACGUACCCAGAACUUAGUCCUCUAUAACUACCCUUCUUUUUCCGGAGCUUUUUCAGCUCUGUUUGCUCACCUCUUUCACCGUCACCUCAAUCUCCCAUGCCUCAUUUUGCCCUUCUCAUCCGUCGAACCUCUCAGGGUUGAAGAUUUGUGUAUUGAUGGACUUGAGAAAUGUUACUUUCUUGAUUUUCUUGGCCCCAAAGGGUUUGCAUCUGAGCUUUCAAGACAGACAUCAUGCAAGGUGAUAGGAUUCGAUCACCGGAAUUCCACAAUGUCUGAUAUCCAUUUGUAUAAGGAUUUUAACAGCAAUAUCACAUAUCAAGUCAAUUUGGAGAAGAGCAGUUCCUCUGCUGUAUAUGACUAUUUCUGUGCCAACCUAUCAGAAAUGAGGUGUAGUAAUGGCCAUACUGCAUGUCUAUUGGAUGCCGAAGACCAAGACAGAGUGAAAAUGGUCCUUAAGUACAUUGGGGAUGGAGACCUGCGGAGGUGGACUUUGCCAAAUAUCAAAGAAUUCAAUAUAGGACUGUCCAAUUGGCGUUCAAAGCUGAAUUGCAUCACAAAUCCACACUUGUUUGAACAGUUACUGAAGAUUUCGGUCAUGAAUUUAGUUGCACAUGGUAGUGCUUACAUAGCUAGUCGACAGAGUUCAGCAACUAAAUUUCUGGAAAAGGUGUUUAAAGUUAGGCUGGGAAGAGGAUUAUACGGGGAGUGUCUGGGGGUUAGGAUUGAUGGAAAUUCCAGUUUAAGUGAUGAAAUAGGCAAGGAACUCAGCAUGAAGAGUGAAGCAGCUGGUCUGAGGCCUAUUGGAGCUGUUGUUUACAUGCAAGGGAAAAAUCUGAAAAUGUGUCUGCGGAGUACAGAUAGCUUUACUGAUACAUCGGAAAUUGCAAAGGUAUAUGGUGGAGGAGGUUCCCCUUGUUCGAGCUCAUUUAUAAUUCGAAUGGAUGAGUACAACGAGUGGCUUUCUUUCUAGUACAUAUUCUCAGAGUACCUUACCUAAAGGUAUUCCCCAUCCUUUUGUGUGUAUUGUUCAUACGGGAAGCUCAUUAGCAUAUAAUUUCCUACAGAAUAUUGAUCAUGAUGCCAGAACUUGUGUUAUC